AUGUUGGAUUUUGAUCAGGCGGAUUCUUCUGGUUCAGAGACGAAGGAUAGGAAGCUUAAGCUUUAUUCUUACUGGAGAAGCUCCUGCGCUCAUCGUGUCCGUAUCGCCCUUACUCUAAAAGGGCUUGAAUAUGAGUAUAUACCAGUGAACUUGAUCAAAGGGGGUCAAUUCGAUCCAGAUUUCAAGGAGAUCAAUCCAAUGGGUACUGUACCAGCUCUUGCUGAUGGAGAUGUUGUCAUUUCUGACUCUUUUGCCAUUAUAAUGUAUCUUGAUGAGAAGUAUCCUGAGCCACCUCUGUUACCUCGCGACCUCCAUAAACGAGCCGUAAAUUACCAGGCGUCGAGUAUUGUCUUGUCUGGCAUACAGCCUCAUCAAAAUCUAGCUGUUAUUAGGUAUAUCGAGGAAAAGAUAAAUACUGAAGAGAAAACUGCUUGGGUUAAUAAUGCUAUCACAAAAGGAUUUACAGCUCUUGAGAAACUGUUGGUGAAUUGCGCUGGAAAAUACGCAACUGGUGAUGAAGUUUGCUUGGCUGAUCUCUUUCUCGCACCACAGAUCAACGGAGCAAUCAACAGAUUCCAGAUUAACAUGGAACCAUACCCGACUCUUACAAAAAUUUACGAGUCAUACAAUGAUCAUCCUGCGUUUCAAAAUGCAGUCCCAGAGAAACAGCCAGAUGCUCCUUCCACCAUCUGA